GGAGGCGCUGCCCACUGUGAGACAGAGCGGCGACGCAGCGCGGCACGCCAUGGACGACCCCGGACGGGCGUCCCCGGGCGCGGGCGACGCGCAGGGCACGGCCCUGGGGACCGGGCUGGACGCCCUGCUGGAGUCGACCCUGGGGGACUACCCGAUGGACUGCACGCUGGGCGGCGCGAAUUGUUCUACGACCACGACCAUCGCGCCGGAGACUGACUGGUUGGAGAAUGAGGUGGUCGCGGGCGUCAAGAGGUGGCACAUCUUGUUCAUGGUCGUCGGCGCUUUCUGCAGCCUGGUGAUCGCCCUGUGCUGCUGCAUACGCUUCCGCAUCCCCCGCACCAAGCAAGAGAUCGAAGCGGACUACGUGCGCAAGCAGAUCACUCGCAAGUUCCAGAAGCAAUUGCGUCGCAUCCGCAACGCCGACAUGGAUGAUAUGGAUCUGAAGAGAGCGCGCCAGCGCCUGCGCGUACAGUUCAAGUCGGACACCGAGAGCCUCGCGCAGUCCAUCAGCAGCUCGGCCAACGCGUCCGUGUGCAACAGCCCGGGUGGCCCGCGCGGCGAAACGUACCGCAAGGCCAGCGACAUCGGCGUCUCCAUCGAGGACCUGAUCGAGCGGCGCAACAGCGGGCUGGGGGCGCGCUUCUCCACGCUCGUCGGCACCCUGGGCAGGCUGCGGCCGCGCAGGGGCUCCACGGCCACCAUCGAGCGCGCCAACGGCGACCAGCCGUCCAACCUGCGCGACGCGCGCGCCGAGCCGUGACGUGGCCGUGAUGUGACCCGGUGACCCGUCUGUUUGAUGUUUGUUCUGUUUCUUCUCCAACUCUGACCUGCCCAUUAAACCAAGUCUACCUCAAGCA